CCGGUUUAGGUCCGUGUAGCUCCACCUCCGAGGAACUGGCCUCUCCAGAGCAGCAGGCUACCACCGGGCUACCCCCCUCCCAAGGAAACACUGGCCAGAAGAGAGGCUCUGUCGCCGUUCAGAUCGUUGUUUAUUCGUCUGGUUUGGUUGUACUGCUGCCGCCAUGGCCGACCAAGGCAUGGAUGAACGGUCCCCGCUGCUAUCAGCACCGAACUCCGGGAAUGUCACACCGUCGGAACCGCCGUCAUACCUGCAGGACACGAGUCCAAGAGCUGAACUCCCCCCCCCUUACACAGCCAUCGCCAGUCCCGACCCAGGGGGGGUACCAGUCAUCAACUGCCGGGUGUGCCAGUCUCUCAUUAACCUGGAUGGCAAGCUGCAGCAGCACGUGGUGAAAUGCACCGUGUGCAACGAGGCCACGCCCAUCAAAAACCCACCGACUGGGAAGAAGUAUGUUCGGUGUCCCUGUAACUGUCUCCUCAUCUGCAAAGACUCAUCUAGGAGGAUAGGAUGUCCCAGACCCAACUGCAGACGCAUCAUCAACCUGAGCCCUGUGAUGGUGAUUCCAGAGGAGCAGCCGGCCCAGCCAGCCCUGCCAGUCCAGCCUGAGGGCACGAGAGUGGUCUGUGGCCACUGUGGAAACACCUUCCUCGGUAACGAGGACUCUGCCGCGCCACCUUCUGAUCUGGCUCUCCAUGACAACAACACCUCUACAGACCAGUGGAUGGAGCUCCGAUUUAACACGCUAGCAAAAUGCCCUCACUGCAAAAAAAUAUCGUCUGUGGGUAGUGCUCUUCCAAGGAGGCGUUGUUGUGCCUACAUCACUGUGGGAAUGAUCUGCAUCUUUAUCGGAGUGGGAUUAACAGUGGGGACUCAGGACUUUGCCAGUCGUUACCAUGCCACCUAUGUGUCCUGGGCAUUCUCCUACCUCCUGGGGCUGAUCUGUCUGAUACGAGCCUGUUACUGGGGCGCCAUCAAAGUCAGCUAUCCAGAGAACAGCUUUUCCUAGACAGACAGACAGACAGACAGACAGACAGACAGACAGACAGACAGACCAUCAUAGUCAGCUAUCCAGAGAACAGCUUUUCCUAGACAGACAGACAGACAGACAGACAGACAGACAGACAGACAGACAGACAGACAGACAGACAGACAGAC